CCAAGGCCCAGUCUUGACUUCCAUGGGAAGCUCUACCCCACCUUCCCCAACCUACUGGACAUCCAAAACCAUCCACCCAAUGCAGUUGCACAUGUGUUGCUGUGGGGGAAGCAGCCCAUGAAAGGUCACUGUCACUUUCUAAGGGAAAAGAAGUCACUGCUGGGCAAGCCUUAAUAAAGGUUUCCUAAACUAUGAUGUCAUAAAGGGCAGGCAUGGUGUGCACAGUUACCGAGGCACUUGCCACCCAGGCAGCUGCCAGAAAGGUUCUAGCAGACCUAGCAUAUUGGCUCAGAUCUCUGCAGCCGAACUUCACCCUUUCAUGUUUCUGCUGCACUUCUGGGCUGCAGGGGUGCUGGUGUGGCCACACUUGUGGCUGUGGGUCCCAGCUGCUCCACAGCCAGGCUGGGCCUCAUACCCAGGGCCUCAGCUUGCAAAAUCUAAGCUUCAGAAGCAGACCGCGCAGGAUGACUAUGUUAACCUGAUAUCAGAUGCAGCUGACCACGACAGCCUUGAUCUAGAAUCCCAGAACCCAGAUGAGCCUCCAGAGCCCCCUGGGCAAACUGCACCUUCUCAGUUCCAGCAGGAGGCCCAGACUCCCCAGGUUGAAUCCCCUUCACCUGAGCAAGAAGUCGAAGGUCCACUCUCACAGCCCCCCAAGGAUGCAGAAGCGUCUUCCACCCAACAGGAGGCCCAGGCUCAGGGGGAACUUGCUGCUGAGGACUGUGAAGAUCAGCUGCUGAUGCCCCAGGAGGGGAAAGCUCCAACUCCAUGCAGGAGUGAAGCUCCUCACUCACACUCAGCAUUUGUCACAGUUAAUGUGGUGAUGGAGGUUACAGUAACUGACCAGGCAAGGAAGGAGGCUCAAUCUAGUCUAAGCCAUCAGGGAGCCACAGCUUUGCCUGCAGAGAGUGCUGAGGAGGUGAAACCUACUCUAAGCCAGAAGCAGGCCCUAGUCUCAUCUGUAGACAGUCCUGAGGAGAUAGAAUCUUCUGCAAGCCAUCAGGGGGCCCCAGCUUCGCCUGCAGAGAGUGCUGAGGAGAUAGAACCUACUCCAAGCCAGCAGGGGGCCCUAGACUCACCUGCAGAGAGUCCUGAGGAGAUGGAACCUUCUGCAAGCCAUCAGGGGGCCCCAGCUUUACCUGCAGAGAGUCCUGAGGAGAUGGAACCUACUCCAAGCCAUCAGGGGGCCUCAGCCUCACCUGCAGAGAGUCCUGAGGAGAUGGAACCUACUCCAAGCCAACAGCAGGCCCUAGUCUCACCUGCAGACAGUCCUGAGGAGAUGGAAUCUUCUCCUGCCCAGCAGGCCCUGUCUCAGCCUCCCAGCUCUCUUGGAGAGAUUGAAGCUUCUCCUCAUGGUCAGGAACAGCCAACUCAACGUUUUGAGGCUCCUGAGGAGGUGGAAACUUUGGGAAGCCAGCUGGAACCUCUAGUCCAGGAAGAUGAUACUGGAGCUCCAGAGGCCCCUUUGGAUAGUAUAGGUGAGGUUCCUCUACUUCAUGAAGUGACAGCCCAGCCUCCAGGUCAGGAUCCAGCUCCUGAUCAUAAUUUGUCCAACGUGACAGUUCAGCCAAUGGAUCUAACAUUUGAGCCCACCGAGGAGGUAGAUUCUUCUCCCGCCCAGCAAGAGGCCCCAUAUCAGCCUCUAGACUCACCUAUAAUGGCUGACUCUUCUCCCCAUCAGCAGGAGCAGCCAACUCAAUCUUCAGAGGCUGACAAGGAGGCAGAAUCUUCUGGAAGCCAGUUGGAAGCCCCACCUCAAAUUGAAGAUUCCCCAGUAGAAGUUAAACUUCCAGUCCAGGAAGAUGAUGGAGACUCAGAGGCCCUUCAGGAGAGUACAGGUGAAAUUCCCCUACUUCAGGAGGUGACACUGCGACCUCCAGAUCAGGAGCUAGCCCCUGACCAUAACCUAUAUAAUGUGACAGUUAGGCCGGGGGAUGUGGAACUUAUGACUUCAGAGCCUUCCUGGGAGGCUGACCCUUCUUUGGCCCAGCAGGAGACCGUGUCUCAUCCUUUUGGUUUUCCUGCAGAGGUGGAACCUCCCCAUGAGCAGGAGCAGCUGGCUCAAUUGUCCCAGGCUGCUGAGGAGGCUGGAUCUUCCAGAGACCAGCUGGGAACUCCAGCUCAGCCUGCUGGGUUUCCUGAGGAAGACACACCUCCAGUCCAGGAGGAUGCUACAGCUUCAGUGGCCCUUCUGGAGACUCUAAAUGAGAAUCUGUCACACCAGGAAGUAACAAUUUCAACUCCACAACACUAUUCACACUCACCCAAGACAACAGUGACAUCUCCAUACCUACAGUUCACUGUAACACCAGAAUCCACUGCGGAGGUGCCAGCUCCCCUCACCCGUCAUGAGACUACAGCACAAUACGCAGUUCCACCGGCCGACACGGACUCUCCUGUGAUCCUGAUGGAGGCCCCAACUCUGUCCCCAGAGCCCUCUGAAGAGCUUGAAGCCUUCCAGCAGGGGAUUCCAGUUGCACCUUCAGGAUCUCUUGAGGAUGAACAAGCCUCUCCCAGCCAGCAGGAGACCUCAGAAGGGCAUCUCCAGGCUCCUGAGCAGGGUGGACCUUCCUCAGCCCUGCAGGAGGGCACAGAUGCACAUCUACAAACUCCUGAAGAGCUGGCUCCUCCAGAGCUCCCUCUCGAAGUUGCGGCUCAGCUUCCAGAACCUUAUGAGGCAACCGUUUCUCCUCUAGUUAAUGACCAAGUGCAGCCUCCGGUCUUGCACAGAGUCACUGUAGAGCCUCCAGAGGUAACUAACGAGGUUGAAAUUGAAAGCUCGACAGGACAGGAGGCCACAGCUCAGUCCUCAGUGACCCCUGAGCUGUUUGGAACUUUCACUGCCAAGGAAGAGGGUCUAACUGAGCAGGCUGACUCUGCCGUGGAGGAGACACCUCCAUCCUAUAGCAUGGAGUCAAGUCAGCCCACAGAGUUUCCUGAGGACUUGGCUCUGUCCCCAAACACCGAUGCAGGAUUUGCACUGGAAGCAGUUGAGCACCAGCUCUCAGCUCAGCCUUGGACACCCUCUGUGAGUGCUGUCACUUUUAAGUUCACAGGAAGGGUAACGUUUGCAGGCCAGCCUCCAAUAUCACCCGAGGACACAGAGCCAUUCCCUACUCCCCUGGAGCCUGCGGCCUCACCUUCGGAGCCGUCUAACGUGAUGGAAACUUCUCCAGCUCAGCAAGUGGUUCCACCUGAGCCCGAAGAAUUCCCAGAGGUGGAGAGCCCUCUGCCAGUGCUGCUGCCAACCCCGUCCCCCCCUGCGGAGCCUCCUGAGGAGGUGGAACUUUCUGCAACCCCAAUGCUGGGCCCAUCUCAACCACAGCAGCCCCCCAGUGAAAGUGUGCUGCCACCACUGUCCAGUGUCACGUCUCAACCUCCAGACCUGGAUAUUGCCGUCACUAUAGAACCCACCACGGAGGGGAAACUUACAUUUCUUUCUCCAGGGUUCCCUGAGGUGAUGCUUCCCAACCAAAACCAGACUCUGAGCACAACUGGACUUCCAGCCCCAGAGCUUACCAUGACUCCACCAUCAACUGCAGAAUUGAGAGCUUCUCCAACUGUGCAGCAGGCCUCCUCUCAGUCCCCAACCCCAGCCAAGGAGGCUGCCACUCAGACUCCAGCACCUGGCGAGGUCAGAGUUCAAACACCAGGUCAAAGUCCUACUCAGGGUCCAGCAUCAGCUAGGAUAACGGGCCAGCCUGUGGACCAGGAGCUGACCACAGCUCCAGUGUCCACCUCAGAAGCCAUACACAGUAUCACCCUACAGAAACCUAUAGUUCCACCAGCAACGUACCCUGGGGUGACGCUUCCGCCUCCAGGCCCUGUUCCGGCUCAGAAUCCAAACUUGACUCUGGCUACAGUCAGACCUUUGGACCUGGAACUUGACAGCACUGCACAAUCUACUACAAAAGCUAGCCCUUCUCCCACUGUCCUGGAGACCCCCUCUCUGUCUUCAGAAGCCCAUAGGGAAACUGUGACUCAGACUCCGGAGCCACCAGAAACCCCUAAUGAGACCUUGACUCAGGCUCCAGGACUGCCAGAAACCCCUAAUGAGACCUUGACUCGGGCUACAGGACUGCCAGAAACCCCUAAUGAGACCUUGACUCGGGCUCCAGGACCGCCAGAAACCCCCAGUGAGACCUUGACUCGGGCUCCAGGACCGCCAGAAACCCCCAGUGAGACCUUGACUCGGGCUCCAGGACCGCCAGAAACCCCCAAUGAGACCUUGACUCGGGCUCCAGGACUGCCAGAAACCCCCAGUGAGACCUUGACUCGGGCUCCAGGACUGCCAGAAACCCCCAGUGAGACCUUGACUCGGGCUCCAGGGCCGCCAGAAACCCCCAGUGAGACCUUGACUCGGGUUCCAGGGCCGCCAGAAACCCCUAUGGAGACCUUGACUCGGGCUCCAGGGCCGCCAGAAACCCCUAUGGAGACCAUGACUCUGACUCCAGGGCCGCCAGAAACCCCUAUGGAGACCAUGACUCUGACUCCAGGGCCACCAGAAGCCCCUAGUGAGAUCUUGACUCGGGCUCCAGGGCUGCCAGAAACCCCUAGUGAGAUCUUGAGUCAGACUCUAGGGCCGCCAGAAACCCCUAGGGAGACCAUCACUUGGGCUCCAGGGUCGACAGAAACCCCUAGGGAGACCAUCACUCGGGCUCCAGGGUCGACAGAAACCCCUAGGGAGACCAUCACUCGGGCUCCAGGGCCACCAGAAACCCCUAAGGAGACCAUCACUCGAGUUCAAGAGCAGCCAGAAACCCCUAGGGAGACCAUCACUCGAGCUCAAGAGCAGCCAGAAACCCCUAGGGAGACCAUCACUCGGGCUCCAGGGUCGACAGAAAUCCCUAGGGAGACCAUCACUCAGGCUCCAGGGCCACCAGAAACCCCUAAGGAGACCAUCACUCGAGCUCAAGAGCAGCCAGAAACCCCUAGGGAGACCAUCACUCAGGCUCCAGGGCUGCAAGAAACCCCUAGGGAGACCAUCACUUGGGCUCCAGGGUCGACAGAAACCCCUAGGGAGACCAUCACUCGAGCUCAAGAGCAGCCAGAAACCCCUAGGGAGACCAUCACUCGGGCUCCAGGGCCACCAGAAACCCCUAAGGAGACCAUCACUCGAGCUCAAGAGCAGCCAGAAACCCCUAGGGAGACCAUCACUCGGGCUCCAGGGUCAACAGAAACCCCUAGGGAGACCAUCACUCGGGCUCCAGGGCUGCAAGAAACCCCUAGGGAGACCAUGCCUCGGGUUCCAGGGCUACCAGAAACCCCUAGAGAGACUAUGACUCAGGCUCCAGGGCCGCCAGAAAUGCCUAUGGAGACCAUGACUCAGACUCCAGGACUGCCAGAAACCCCUAGGGAGACCAUGCCUCAGGCUCCAGGGCCACCAGAGACCCCCAUGGAGACUGUGACUCGUGCUCCAAGGCCUCCAGAAACCCCUAGGGGGACCGUGACUCAGUCUCCAAGGCCACCAGAAACCCCUAGGGAGACCGUGACUCAGGCUCCAAGGCCACAAGAGACUCCUACAGGGACUGUGACUCAGGCUCCAAGGCCACCAGAAGCCCCUAUGGAGACCGUGACACUGACUCCAACGCCGCCAGAAACCCCUAGUGGGACCGUGACUCAGUCUCCAAGGCUGCCAGAAGCCUCUGGGGGGACCAUGACUCAGGCUCCAAGGCUGGCAGAAGCCCCUAGGGAGACUGUGAUUCAGGCUUUAAGGCCAACAGAAGCCCCUACGGAGACUGUGACUCAGUCUCCAGAGCCACCAGAGAUGAGCAUUCCAGCUCUUCCUGGCCAGCGGCCUGCUCCGCAUCCCCCAUCACCCGGUGUCACACUGUCAGGCAUGGGUAACACCCCUACUGCCAAGGCCACAUACUUCAUAACCCUGCAAAACCCUCCUGCAGUGCAUCUUGGGGUGACAUUUCUGCCCCCAGCCCCGGUUGUGACUGGGCAUUGGCAUCGGCAUCAAAGACCGACUGGAGUUGCCACUCCACGUGUGGUGGUGAAGCCUCUACCUUUGCGGAAGGGAAAGAGUUCAUUGAGGCGCACCAAUGUCUGUAAGCUCUGCUCCUGCAAGAGGGAGACCCUGUCAUGCACAGGCCUCAGCCCAGCAAAGAGGCUGCAGCAAAUCCCUGCCCUCGAGCUCAAGACCUACAACAGCGUCUUCAUCGUCGUAAAUUUCCAAGGAAAUGCUAUUUCUUACCUUAAUAAGACUAUUUGGACAACAUACCGGUGGACCGAGAAACUAAACCUCAGUGAAAAUUCCCUGACUGAAUUACGAAAAGAUUCAUUUGAAGGCCUGGUGUCCCUCCGGUAUUUAGAUUUAUCCUGCAAUAAGAUACAGUCAAUUGAAAGAGGAACAUUUGAAUCAAUGUCUUUUUUGCAGUUCAUAAAUCUCCGUUGCAAUUUACUUACAGAACUGGGCUUUGGAACAUUUGAGGCAUGGCACAGAAUGCAGUUUUUACAACAAGUAAUUCUCAACCAUAACCCUCUGACAACUAUCGAAGAUCCAUCUCUUUUUAAAUUACCAGCUUUAAAAUACCUAGACUUGGGAGCCACGCACGUGCGCCUGGUGGUCCUGGAGAAUGUCCUCACUGUGACGCGGGAGCUGGAGAUGCUGAUCUUACCAAGCCACAUGGUCUGCUGCCUCUGCCAGUUUAAAAGCGACAUCGAGGUCGUGUGCCAGACAGUGAAGCUGCACUGCAACGGCGCCUGCGUGUCCAACACCACGCAGUGCAUUGAAGCGGCAGCUAUGGGGAACGUGGAAGGGCCGCUCAUGAAGGCAUUCCAGGCCCGGAAGAAGGCCACCAGUAUCGAGCUGACCAUCAAAUCUGCAAGGUCACCUUCCCAGGAAGGCAGUGUCAGUUGGUCAGGCUUCGUGGACCAGCAGCUCGACUUCCAUAACGGAAGUGAUGUGAUCAACGCGCUCAGUUACAUCCUGCCGUUCUUCUCAAAGGGAGACCCUGGGGACCUGAAGGCCAGGCUCAUGCCGCUCAUUGAGCUGCUUUUCAUGAAUACACUAGAGCCAGACAAUGAUCAGGCUUCUUUAAAAAAGAAUAUAAGGAAGUCCUUUAUGCCUGAGUCCAACAGUUCAGCUUACAAAAAUAAAUUACAAUGGCUGUAUUUCCUCCAAAAUUGGUUGGAUGCAGAAAUUCAGAAAAAAAUCAAACAGGUUAAGAAGGAAGAGGACAGUCUCACUCUUACGCAGCCCAGUCUUUUGGGCCCCAAAUUGCAACCCCAAGUUUCUUCCAAAACAUUGAAAAAGGCUCAAACACAGGGAGACAGCAUGGCUGAGGAUCAGCAUGGAAGGAGAAGACUGUGGACAGGGGACAGGGUCCACAGGGGCCCGAAGGGCAUCUUGAAAAGACUGCUCAAGGACAUGGGGAAGCAGCAGGUCAGGGAGAGGCGGGCUGCCCGGCCCUUCAUAGAAGCCUUGGGGUCCCCAGUGCCACGGACCUGGAGUAGCAGCACAGGGGCACCUAGGCCCAGGAACCUGGCCAGAAACCCCGUCCACACACAGGCACAGCGGGCAGCCGCCUCUACCUCCCUGCGAGCUCCCCCUCUGGGCAGGUCCCCCACUGCCACCCCUGCCAAAGCCCCACCAGUGGUGAGGAACAGGGGGGAAGACUUCACCCACAGCAUGUGGGUCAUAGAGCACGCGCAGGACAGGGUCCUGAGAAUGAAGCAAACUGUACCUGCCUUGCGUCCACGGCAGGGUCACCACCGCCUGGCUAGAACUGUUUCCCCAGUGGCCUUUGGAACAGUCCAAGCCAAGCUGGGUGCUCAGCUCCCUAAAGGAAGCGUGCACCGUGGUCAGAGCCCUGCAAAGAGGCCCCAUUUCCCGGCACUGAGGCGCCUCAUUGACUCCCCUGCCCAACGCUUCCUGUCUGUGCUAGAAGGAUCACGCACCUCUGCUGCAGCCUCUACUUCUGACACAGACUCACCACCCAGGGUCUCAGCCUCCCCCGUGCUGCAGUCCCUGGAUGAUGGCUUAGAAACUCAGCUGAACCAGCAGCUCCAGCUGAUCAUUCCUGAUGAGGACCUGAGAGGGCUCAUUUCCCACAUCAUCCACACUUGGAAAACAGACUGCACCAAGCCCCCAGUGACCCGGGCCUGUGCCCAGCUCUUCUCCAGGACACGCUACCUGCUGACACUGCUCAGCCAGCAACAGGAAGCCAAGGUGUUGCAGGCCCAGUGGGAGCUGGAGCAGCUGGAUACGGCUGCCCCCGUCAGCCAGGGCACCGAGACCCAGGGCACCACGGCCCAGAGCACACCAAAGGGGCCACAGGAGCAAGUGAUGUUCAAACAGCAUGUUCCUGAAUGCUCUUACAUCUACAUGUACAUCAUCCUGGCACUGGCAGCCCUGUCUGUGAUCCUGAUGGCUGUCAUCGUCGCCAUCUGUAUCAUGCAGAGGCAGAGAACAGGAUGGGGUCCAGCCCCGGAGAGCAGGAUGUGCCCCUGGAACGAGCCCCUGAGGAGGCAGCAGUCGCAGCGGGUGACACUCAGGAUGGCGUUUUCUUCCCAGAGUUACCACCGAAAAGCCUUGGCGACAGAGCGAGAGUCCUGGAGGAAGCCCAGUGUGGAGGCGCCUCCUACAGAACCUGCCAGCGAGGACAAGGAAGCCGACACAGAAAGUGAUGCAGAGAGUGACGACCUGAUGGAGGUGCCCCUGAGGAAGCCCAAUAUGAAGACACCUCCUGUGAGAAUGGCCAGCAGCGAUAAGAUGGGCUACAUGGUGACCAAGGUGAAGAGUGAAGACCGAGUGCCCAUCAGGCAGCCCAGUGUGAAGACCCCUCCUGCAGAGUUGGCCAUCGAGGACAAGGAGGGAAACACGGUGACCAAGGUGAAAAAUGAAGACGUGGUGCAGGUGCCCAGCAGGAGGCCCAGUGUGAAGACGCCUCCUGUGGAACCAGGCAACGAGGAAAUGGCGGCUGACAAUGUGACCAACAUGCAGGAAUGAUGACCUGAUGGAGGAGCCCCUGCGGUGAUACCCCCCCCCCCAACCUGGGCACCAGCAAAUCUUAUUUUUCCAUUGGUAAUAAAAAGAAUUUUUCUGAAAGAAAAA